UUCAUCUCAAGGGAACCUCAUCUCGGUACUCGGAAAGCAGAAGGAGAAACCAGCAGGCGGCAACGGGUUGUCGCUCCUCGAAGCCGGCUGGUGGCCACUUUUCGUAGCACUCUUGGACACCGACACAUUUUCUUUUUCGCUUUUAACGAGGGAGUGUUUCUUUUUUGGUUGGUCAUUUUUAACCCGUUUGGAUUCUACGUUGAUUUGUCUCCGACGUCUUCCAGCCCCCCCCCCCCCACCUCAGCGCAGCUAUAGCUGGGCAUCUUCUCAUCGGGCGGUGGCGACAGCGACGGAGGCGCACAUGAGGAGCACUGUGACGGCGGCAUCCUGACCAGUAACCUCGUGCGUGCGUGCGUGCGUGCAGCACACCCUCACGCCCGGCGAACCCCAACAGCGGGCGUUGGAAGGAAGGAGGGAAGGAAGGAAGGAAGUCAGUGACCGCUCUUCCUGUCGGCAUGAGGUCCUUCCGUUCCUUCAGCAAUGACGACCGCCACGUCAUGGCGAAGCACUCCACCAUCUACCCGUCGUCUCACGACUUGGAGGCGGUUCAGACGCUCGUAUCCAACGUGGAGUGCGCCCUGAAACACGUCUCGGACUGGCUGGAUCAGACCAACUCGGAGGCACUCGGCCAAGUGGACGGCCGAGCGCCAGACGGCAAGGACGACGAGAAGCCCGGCGGGGAAGCCGAGGGGUCCAACGAUGGCCACAGGGAGGCCAGCGGCGGUCGAGUGCUGUGCGGAGUGAUGAGAAUCGGUUUGGUGGCGAAAGGCCUCCUCAUAAAAGGCGACAUGGACCUGGAGCUGGUGUUGAUGUGCAGAGAUAAACCCACGCAGAUAUUAUUGGACUCGGUCUGCAACAACUUACCCGGGCAAAUAGAGAAGCUGACAGAGGAGAAAUACGAGGUCAGGAGCUCCCUGCCCGAGGCGGCCAUCCUGGUACGGACUACAACCGAGCCCAAACUCACACUGAAGAUCACGCUCACCUCUCCGGCCAUGAGAGAUGAGGACGACGAAGAGGAGGAGGAGGAAGAGGAAGAUGAAGUGGGGGAGCACAAGGGGGAGGAAGCUCAGGAUGUGCUGGCGGCAGAGGAGGAGGAAGUGGAGGGCCACGAGGAGUUCCACGGGGCGGGAGCUGAGGAGGUGGCAGCAGAACAGGAGGACGACGUGGAGGAGACGGAGAAGAGGAACGGCCACGUGUUGGGUGCUGCCGCGCAAAGAGUGGAGGCUGAGGAGGAGGAGGAGGAGGAAGAGGGAGAGGGAGAGGUGCUGGAUAGACACAGAUGUCUGUUGGCCCUGGCAGCGCUGCGACACGCCAAGUGGUUCCAGGCUCGAGUGAAUGGACUCAAGUCCUGCGUUAUCGUUCUCAGGAUACUUAGAGAUAUGUGCAAUAGACAACCCGCCUGGGAGCCCCUUAACGGAUGGCCUUUGGAACUGAUCUGCGAGAAGGCCAUCGCCACCUGCAACCGACCUCUCGGGGCAGGAGAAGCCUUGCGCCGAGUGAUGGAGUGUCUCGCCUCGGGCAUACUGCUACCAGGCGGUCCAGGUUUGCGCGACCCGUGCGAGAUGGAGCCCACCAACACUUUAGCCAACAUGACGGAUGAGCAGGCGGAGGCCAUUACGUAUAGCGCACAGCGUGCUCUCAGGCUCAUGGCGUUUGGACAGAUCUGCAAAGUGCUGGAGAUGGAGCCUCUUCCCUCAAAUAAACCGUUGCAGAAAUACCCUUGGUGUGACAAAGAAGGCUUGGGUUUGAAAAGGCCAUACGAUGAGGGAAUGAUGGACGACAAGGACCUCAUCAAGAAGAUGAAGCGGAAUCUUCGGAGAGUUCUCGACAGCAAAGCCAUCGACUCCAACCAGCCAAUGAACGCCCUGAUGCGGUUGAACCAGAUCCGUCCAGGUCUGCAGUAUCGCCUCCUCUCCCAGUCGGGCCCGGUCCACGCCCCCGUCUUCACCAUGUCUGUGGACUUGGAUGGGAGCAUCUACGAAGCGUCGGGCUCCUCCAAGAAGACCGCCAAGCUCCACGUUGCUGUCAAAGUUCUCCAGGCGAUGGGCUACCCGACCGGUUUCGACUCGGACCUCGACCCAAUGAGCUCGGACGAGAAGUCCGACGGCGAAGGCAAGAGCGAGACGUCCUCGCACACGAGCAAUAACGCGUCGCACUCCUCGGACGGCUCCAACACGCUGGAGGUGCGAACUCAGGGCCCCAUACUGACGGCGAGCGGGAAGAACCCUGUCAUGGAGCUGAACGAGAAAAGGCGAGGUCUCAAGUAUGAGCUCAUCUCUGAAAGCGGAGGCAGCCACGAUAAGCGCUUUGUCAUGGAGGUGGAGGUGGACGGACAGAAGUUCCGUGGGGCGGGCCCCAACAAAAAGGUAGCAAAGGCCAGUGCGGCUUUGGCCGCUCUGGAAAAACUCUUCUCUGGUCCCAACGCUGCUGCAAACAAGAAGAAGAAGCUGCUGCCUCAGACGAAAGGAGCCCUGGCUGCGGCGGCGGCGGCCUCGGCCGUGGCGGCUCAGGUAGCCCAAGGACGAGGACGAGCGGCCCUCGCGCGGGGAGCCUUCGUCAGCGCCGCGGCGCCAGGAUACGUCACGCCAGGCUUCGGAACGCCGUACGCCUACAGCCCGGCCGCCGCCGCAGCUGCUCCUGCGUACGGGGGUCUUUUCAUAGACAAUCCCUUCUACCAGCCACGGACCCUCGCGCCCUUCAUCAUCCACCUGGGCCCCCAGGAUCUCUUCUCCGACUUCUAGAGGAGAUGACAGGUUUUUCGGAUCGCCCCUCCCUCCCACCUCGUCACACGUUACUCCGCGGCGGCUCACACUUCCUGCCUGUUUCUUUCUUUUUUUUUUUUUUUUUUCUGGGAGGCCUUCCUCUUCUUGCUGCUGCGCUCGGAUUUCUAAACAGGCAGCAGAACAUGACAGCUCCCCUCUUCUUCUUCUUCUUCUUCUUCUCGAUGAAGCGGACACAUCAUGAUGGGAGGAGGAGAUUGGGGGGGCUAUGGGGCGGCUCUACGUGACCCUAAAAGCAAUACUCGUAUUUGGCGAGAAAAGCGUGAGCGGGCUGCUCUUUCAAGCAAUAGCAAUACACACGAACUCCUUUCUUCAAGAAGAAUGUCCGGCGACUUCACGCGGCGUUGCAAUAGCUCAUCUUGAUUGUAUCCAAAUUGUGUGUGCGUCCAUGUGCGAUAUGACAUCCACACACGUAUAUAGAAACAAACAAACGUGUGGUGACUCCAAUAUUAUAACGAUGUACGUAUGUAAAUACAUUUUAAAGGAUAACUUAUUGUUAUAAAUUAUUUUAGGACGAUGCGGUGACACGUGCGUGUACUAAGGCACUAUAGCUUUCUUCCAGUUUUCUAUACACGAGCGACUCGUAGGAGAAACCAAUAUUUAUCUUUAGCCAUUAUUCCUAUUAAUCGCCGCUCUUAGAAAAAAAAAAUAAGGACGCUCCCUUUCCUUCCUUGACGUCGUUCUGAGCCUAACGCCACGAGGUGCUCGCUUCUUCUUAUCAGCGAAUCAGACACACACACACACACACACAGGGACACA